CUGUCAAGUCAAACCAACAAAUUGGGCCAAAUUAAACCAGAAAAACAUAAUAUAAACACACACUUGCUCUGAAGUGAAGUUAUAAAGUAUCGUAUCGCUAGCAUUUUCAAAAAAUAUACUUUGUGAUAGUAUCUGAAAAAAUCAAAUUUUGAUUCUCAAGAUUCUUAAUUAUUGAUAAACAAUUCAGUAGGAAGUGGCAGUAGCCAUCCACACUUAUCAGUUAGUUCAGUUCGCCCUGCGGUUAAAUCAGUGAUCAGCAAAAUUCUUAUCGCUGGACGCUGGACGGAAGCGGGAACCCACGUAUCUAGAACAGCGGCACGUUUAUAUCGGCUGUAACGAGCGGCAGUUUAUUGCAUGUGCGCUCUAGAACAUUGAACUCGUCAAAUUCAUCAUGCUGGAUCUAAGAAAGUUUCUGUUCUUAUUACAAGUAUUCCUCAUAAUAUUAUUAUCUACCCAAGUAAAUGGAAAUGAUGAUGUACUUGUUUUAACUGUUGCCACAGAUGAAACUCAUGGAUUGCAACGGUAUUUGAGAUCAGCUGAAAUUUACGGAAUUAAAGUUGAAGUCCUAGGUCGGGGACAUCUUUGGAGUGGAGGUGACAUGAACUACGCUGGUGGUGGGCAAAAAAUUAAUUUUCUAAAGGAUAAGCUGAAUGAACUUAUGACUUCAGAACACAAGGAUAAAAUUAUUUUAUUUACUGAUAGUUAUGAUGUAAUGUUCCUGGCAUCACUGGACAAGAUUCUAAAGAAGUUCAAGACCUUCUCUGACACCAGAGUAUUAUUUUCUGCAGAGCAAUUCUGUUGGCCAGAUAGUAAACUAGCUGCUAAGUAUCCCACCACAGAAGUAGCUAACCCAUUUUUGAAUUCUGGUGGAUUUAUUGGAUACCUUCCAGAACUUGCUGAAAUUGUCAACUCAAAAACAAUUAAGGACAAUGAAGAUGAUCAACUAUUUUAUACUUUAGUGUAUUUGGACAAAAGAAUGAGAGAUGAACUGAAAAUAUCACUAGAUCAUAAUUCAGUUAUAUUUCAGAAUCUUAAUGGGGCAUUAUCUGAUGUCGAAUUGAAGACGAAUACUACUGAAGACUGGCCUUACAUUGAGAAUGUUGUAACAAAGCAGCAACCCUUGAUUGUACAUGGUAAUGGGCCGGCCAAACUGACACUGAACAAUUUAGGAAACUAUUUAGCCCAAUCCUGGUCUAAGGAAAAAGGGUGUGCUAUAUGCAAAGAGAAAAAAGUUGAACUGCAGGAAGACUCAUUACCAACCAUCAUGAUGGCUGUAUUUAUCGAACAACCAACACCUUUCCUAGAGGAAUUCUUGCUUUCACUUCUCGAAACUGACUAUCCUAAGGAAAAGAUUCAUUUGCUUCUAAGGAAUAAUGUUGAAUAUCAUGAAAAUGAAGUAGAAAAAUUCUUCCAAGGUCACGCCAAAGAAUUUCUGACAGCAAAGCGCAUCAAACCAAGUGAUUUAAUAACAGAGUCAGAGGCAAGAAAUAUAGCUAAGGAUCGCUGCAUGAACAACUUAUGCGAUUACUUGUUUUCUAUAGACAGUUUAUCACGCGUAGAACCCGGCACAUUACGGUAUCUGUUAUCUUCUGGCUACGAUGUCGUCGCCCCCUUGCUCGCGCGCCCCGGCCAGGCUUGGUCUAAUUUCUGGGGCGCCAUCAGUUCCGCUGGCUUUUACGCGAGGUCACAUGAUUAUAUGGAAAUUGUAUACGGAGAAAUCAAAGGAAUAUGGAAUGUACCGUUUAUAACUAACUGCUACUUAGUGAAAAUAUCCGUGUUCAAAACAAAUUCAUCAAAAUCUGUGACAUAUUCCAAGGAAAAUGUUGACGCUGAUAUGGCUUUCUGUGCCAGUCUCAGAGAACUUGGUAUUUUUAUGCACGUGAGCAACGAAAUUAGUUUUGGCUACCUUGUUAACCCGGAGAAUUUCGAUAUAACACGCACCCAUCCCGAUGUUUAUCAGGUCAUCGACAAUAAAAUUGAAUGGGAAAAACGUUAUCUCAAUGAAAACUACUCGAAAAACUUUGAAACUGGACGAGAGCAUUUGAUGCCUUGUCCCGAUGUGUACUGGUUCCCUAUGAUGUCGCCAAGAUUUUGUCAAGAAUGGAUCGACGUCAUGGAAAACUAUGGCAAAUGGAGCGAUGGUUCUAAUCAUGACGAACGGUUGGAAGGCGGUUACGAAGCUGUACCAACUCGAGACAUACACAUGAAGCAAGUGGGCCUGGAGCGCCAAUGGCUGUAUAUUCUAAAAACUUACGUGCGGCCUUUGCAAGAAAUGGUCUUUACCGGAUAUUAUCACAACCCACCAGUUUCCUUGAUGAAUUUUGUGGUGCGAUACCGGCCAGACGAACAACCUUCUUUGCGGCCGCAUCACGAUUCCUCAACAUACACUAUCAAUUUGGCCCUUAACACACCCAAUGUCGACUAUGAGGGCGGUGGCUGUCGUUUCAUUCGAUACAACUGUUCUGUUCGCAACACGAAGCGCGGCUGGCUGCUGAUGCACCCGGGCCGACUCACGCAUUACCACGAAGGGCUUCGCGUCACCAACGGCACCAGAUACAUUAUGAUUUCUUUCGUUGAUCCGUGAAGUGAAAAUCAAAGAAAGCAUACUUAAUAUUUUCGGUCAUCCAGCCUAUGAUGACACUUAAAUGCAUUACACGAAGCCAAAAAUAAUGAGAACGUAUUAUUAUAUAUAAGUUAUUACUAAUAUUUGAUAGUUAUUGAUAUUACAUAUUUUGCUAUUUUAUAAUUUGUAGGUAUCUAAUAAGUCAAGAGAAACCUUCAGAAUAGUCGAAGAUUUGUUAGUAUAAUUUUAUUCUGUUUUACUUCAGGUUGUGUAUGUACUUCAUUUAUAAACUUUUAUAAAUUAGUUUUACAAAACAUAUCAAAAUAUGUUGCAACGAUUAUACAAAUAAAGCCAAAGAUAUCAUUCAGUUCAACUUUUAUAUCAUACUCAUACAUGUAUUCCUGUAUUAAAAGAUUUUUCUGUAUA